CCUGGCUGCUGCUGCUACGUCUUAUCUUUAAGCGUUGCUUCCUGGACACUUUCCCCUUCCCUCUCCACACGGUUGCAUUGGCCUACUUUUCAUAGUGACAUUCCUAGCUGCUGCUGCUACCUCUUAGCUAGCUCUCUUAUCCAUCCAUCCACACUCUUUCUCUUUGGUUGACCUCGUGACCCUGCUUAAUUUUGCUACCCAAGAACGGAUCCAAGGGUGAAAUCGACAACGAUAAGAGAAGCAGGGAAAAGAAACAAUAUGGGGGAAAUGGUAGCAUCAGCAGUUGUGCAGGAGGCUGUGAGUGGAGCCGUCUCCUUCCUGUUCAGCAGCCGCAGCGGAAAGGCAUCCCAGGAGGAACUCAUGGAGAGGCUGGAGAUGGCGCACAUAAAGCUGCAUGUUGGGCUCGAGAGGACCAAGAUGAUGCCCAUUACCAUCAUGCCGUUGCUUCGCCUGAGGAAGAAACUAAAGGAUGUCUUCAAGGAGUGCGAUGAUCUGCUCAGCAAGGUGAGGGAUCAUCAGCAAGUGGUACCCUCUUUACGUAGAAAGAUUAUGCACGCUGUGUUGCCAUCUUUCAUUGUCCCAAGUCAAGAUGUGUUGAGCAGCUCUGUGGUUGGAAGAUUUGAGCGGUUUGUCGAGGAAGCCGAAAGGUUUGUCAGAGACGUGGAGUCUGGAUCUUCACUUUCUCACUACAGGUUUCUCACUUCUUCGAUGAGGCAUCUUCUUGAAGGCAAGAGUCUCUCCUAUCGCAAAGUGCAAGGAAGCAAGGCUUUCUCACUUGGUAUAUGGACGGCUUUUGUGGAAGAGUAUGGCAGACUCGCAUUGCUAGGGUUUGAUUACAAAGAUCACAAGGCGCCACUUAAAAAUUGUUACAUGCAACUGAUUAUAAGAUUAUAUGAAAGCACAAACAUAGUUGGAAUUACCGCAAAAUGUUUGCGGUCACUUGGACCACAAUUCAAGUCUUUGGUUGAAGAUGCAACUGGGGGAACUCACCCAAUUACCUACACAAGACGUUUCAUAUUUCGAUUCAAUAUGGUUCGAAGACAUGGCUAAAGUGACUACACAUUGGAGUCCAGAUCCAUUUUGUUGCAUAGCUAAUGGGCUAAACAAGCCUUGUGCUAGCAAUAUCAUCUCAUCGGAGUUAACAGGCAGAUUUCCACAAGAAGUUAUUUCAGUUGUUUUUCGCUGCAGUUUUUCAGCUUCUGAGUACUGCUCGUGGAGCUCAACUGAUGAAGUGAGUAUAAACGCCAUAAAGGCCUGGCCACCUCUACAGAUGGAAGUUUUCUUUGCACCUCAUGAAUCAUUAUUCUCGGACGGGAGUAGCUUACAACAAAAGGAGGAGGAAAUACAAACAAAGGCAAUUGAUUAUUUCAUACGUGAGCCAGGUAUGACGGAAUACCGUAUGCAUUGGUUCUCGGCACAUGGUGGUGCAGGCUUUCGUGUUUUGAAGCAGAUCACCAAAACUAGGAGGGUUUCAAAGAGAAGGCGGUAGAAGUUCAGAGUUGGGAGCAGAGAAAAGGUUCCUUUUUGCUUAACUAGCCUCUAUGAGAUGGUUUGCUUACGUGGCAGCAUUUAUCAUGGUCUUUUUAUGCAGCUACUGUUAGCCACUUGUUUAUCCCUGCCCUGUGGCUUGUAGACAUGGAUGUGCUUGAUAUUUAUCAUUUAUUAAUUGAAGGAGGCACUCAUAUUUUCUUUGUUAA